CGCUAGGAACCAUAGCUUCAAUUACUGCAUUAUUGUACAGAUAGUCGUAUUGAUCAUGGCCUCUUCGUUUCGUCGUCUUGCAAAGGAUCACGCUGCGCUGCAAUGUUCCCUGCCUCCGAACUACCUUUUUCCGGACUACUCGGCCUCACUUCCUGAUGAUCUCACCCAACUCCUCAUUCUGAUCACCGGCGCAGAGGGGACACCAUAUUCACAAGGACUAUGGCGGUUACAUCUCAAGAUGCCCCAAGACUAUCCCAAGAAUCCACCGAGAGCGACUUUCAGAACACGAAUCUACCACCCAAACGUUGAAGAAUCUACAGGCGCAGUCUGUUUGGAGACGCUGAAGCGAGACUGGGACUCGAAGUUGACGCUGAAGGACAUACUCGUGACCAUUUCAUGUUUGUUGAUACAGCCAAACCCUGACUCGGCGUUGAACUCAGCGGCUGGCGCUUUAAUACAGGAAGACUAUGAAGCCUUCGCCACCCAGGCUAGGUUGAUGACCGGCAUACAUGCGCCCAUCCCAAAAUAUCUAAUCAAUGCGGUUGAGCACGCCAAGCGACGGGGUGAGGAGGAGCCAGACGAUCAACAGCCACUCUCAGAUUUCACGAAGUGCGAGCCACAGAUCAUCCGGGAAGACUCUGGCGAGGAUAACACGAAAGAGAACGAACCCGCUCAGUCUCGCUCACUUGGACUGAAAACAAGCACGAAAGGGAAGCGACCGUUGUCCGAUAUACCAUCGCCUUCAGAAUCGGGAGUCUAUGCUGGCAAGAGCGAGGAAGCAACUGACGCAUCAUCCACAUCACGGACCCAUGAAUCGGCAGAACCACCCAGAAAGUCUCCUAGGCGGGCGGGCCCAGAUGCAGCAGGUUCGACCGAGGUUGUGAAUAUAAUAUUCGAAGAUGACAAAGAGAAUGCCGCAUCAACGAGUGACAAGGUCGGUAAAGCGGCGGUAUUGCCCCAGGCAACUGCGAUGUCGAGGCCAUCAGCGUUACGCAAAGUCUCGAAUGUCGGCGCUGGAAGGAGGGGUCAGCCACGGGUCGGGAUCCGAAGGCUGUGAUGUGACGAACAACGGAGUCUGUUGGGAUUUGUGCAUUUUCUCAAUUGAAGCGUUCAAGCGAGUGAUAUGGACAC